AUGGAUGAAUACAACCGCUUUGUGGACUGGGACAAAAUGGAUGUGAGUGCCCAGAGCCAGGACACGAAGGAGCUCACCUGCACAGAGUUCCAGGAGCUGAAGCAGCUGGCCAGGCAGGGCUACUGGGCCAAGAACCACUCUCUGAGAGCCAAAGUGUACCACAAACUGAUCAGCAACAUCCCAUGUCGCACGGUGACCCCAGAUGCAAACGUGUACCGCGACAUCGUCAUGAAGAUCGUUGGGAAACGCAGCAGCAGUUCCCUUCCUCUUCCAGAGUUUGUGGACAACAGCCUGGUGCCCACGUACUGCCUGAACGCCGAGGGCAUCGGGGCUGUCAGGAAGAUCAUCCUGUGCAUUGCAAACCAGUUCCCAGACAUCUCCUUCUGCCCCGCGCUGCCCUCGGUGACCGCUCUGCUCCUGCACUACAGCAAAGACGAGGCCGAGUGCUUUGAGCAGGUCUGUCGCAUCCUGGCUUGCAACGACCCCUCCAAGAGGCUCAUUGACCAGACCUUCCUGGCCUUUGAGUCCUCCUGCAUGACCUUUGGUGAUCUGGUGAACAAGUACUGCCAGGCAGCCCACAAGCUGAUGGUGGCCGUGUCUGAGGAUGUGCUGGAGGUGUACUCGGACUGGCAGCGGUGGCUCUUUGGAGAGCUGCCCAUGGUGUACGUCGCGCGGGUCUUCGACGUCUUCCUGGUGGAAGGUUACAAAGUUCUCUACCGCGUCGCGUUGGCUCUGCUCAAAUUCUUUCACAAAGUCCGAGCUGGGCAACCCAUGGAGUCUGACAGCAUCCAGCAGGACAUCCGCAGCUUCGUGAGGGACAUCGCCAAGUCGGUGUCUCCGGAGAGGCUGCUGGAAAAAGCCUUCUCCAUCCGCCUCUUCUCUCGGAAGGAGAUCCAGCUGCUGCAGAUGGCCAACGAGAAGGCUUUGCAGCAGAAGGGCAUCACAGUCAAGCAGAAAAGUCUUACAUCUCCCAAAAGGCAGAAUGUGCACUUGGCAGUUCAUGCUGAGAACUUCAAGUCAGAAAUUGUCAGUGUGAAAGAGAUGAGAGAUAUCUGGUCAUGGAUCCCAGAGCGAUUUGCACUGUGCCAGCCCCUUCUGCUUUUUACCACCUUGGAACAUGGCUGUAGUCUGAGCAGGUUCUAUUCCCACAGUGAGGGACACGAACCAACUCUUCUCCUCAUCAAGACCACAGCAAAAGAGGUCUGUGGGGCUUAUCUGUCCACCGACUGGAGCGAGCGCCGGCGAGGAGGGAACAAGCUGAGUUUCUUUGGCACUGGGGAGUGCUUUGUCUUUAGGCUGCAGCCAGAAGUACAACGCUAUGAGUGGGUGAUCAUAAAACACCCAGAACUGGCCACAGCUGGUUCAGAGCCAGGAAACCAUUCCUCACCAGCAUCCAGCAGCCUCUCCUCCAGCAGCAUCCCCUCAAACCCCUCAGAUCGCCUUUCUCCCUUCCUGGCAGCUCGGCACUUCAACCUGCCCUCCAAAACAGCCUCCAUGUUCAUGGCUGGCAGCAGUGAGUGCAUCAUUAUAGGAGGAGGUGAUGGCCAGGCUCUGUACCUCGACGCAGACCUGAACCACGGGAGAACCAGCCACUGCAACACUUUCAACAACCAACCACUGUGCUCUGAAAUCUUCCAGAUCUCUGUCCUGGAGGUGUGGGGCUUCAGGGACACCAUGAAUGGCUGACCUAACUAUCAUUAAUCAUCUAGUCUGUCAGUUGUCCUAGGAUUCCCAAGGCAAACUCUAAUGCAGGAGCCAAGUUAGAACAUCUCUCUGCUGGACUCAGUGCUGUUAGACAUUCCCAAGUGGUGCACUCGGAUGCA